AUGGCUCCUACCGAGGCUGAGGCUGAUGUAGAGGAGGGAGAAGAGAAGAAGAAGAGGGAAAGGAAAGCAGCCGGAGCUGCUUUCACGUGGAUUCAAAAUAACUUUGUGACGUGCCCUGCGGAUGCCACUGAUGAUGUGAUCCAGACACAUGCUCGUGUCUAUAUGUGGUACGUUGUCUCGAGGACUUUGUUUCCUGACUCCACGGGCAAGAACGCUCCAUGGAUGUGGCUGAAGGAGUUGACUGUCUUCGAUAGCAAAUGGAGCUGGGGUUCAGCGACUCUUGCGUACUUGUACCGACAGCUGGAUGAUGUGUGUUGCAGGAUCACAGAUAGUGCAGGCAUUGGUGGUAAUAUGCUUCUACUUUCUGUAUGGAGCUCGGAGCGUCUGCCUGUUGGACGCCUGAAGAGCGUCAGGUUUAAUCCUUGGUAUGAAGAUGAAGAUGACGAAUUACGGUGCCCCACUUGGGCUUACAAGUGGGAUGUGGUUUCCGAGAUGACGAAUGAUGUCAAUCUCAUGUACCAAAAGUACAUUGCCGAGUUGGACACGAUUACGCCUGAGCAGGUGGAAUGGCAGCCAUAUGGCGCCGAUGAUAGACUUGGGUACACCCCGGAGUUUUCCAUCAACCCGAUUUUGGUCUGUUCCAGCCUCACCCGCCGGAAUGGGUGGAUACGGACAAAGCAGUUCAUAGGUUGGACAGGAGAAGGCAGCGGAAGAUAA